AUCCCAUGGGUAAUGUAUAUGUAGCAUUGGUUGUAUAACAUUUACAUUCCGCAUGUACCGUACCACAGGGUAUGGACAAAUACAUUGUGUCUUUGGCUGAUGGAGUGCAAAGUCUUUAGGCAGGAGUCAAGCGCUGGCUAUUCUACCAGGUCCGUCAUCCGGGACAUUAGCGUUGAUACAUUCCGCUGUACGAAGAGUUAAGUGCCCUCUUGCACACCCCCUUUCUCCCUGACUGCCACUUAAACUGCUAGUAAUAACAACCCCCCGAGGACAUCAAUAGAGCCUCAGCAUUGAAUAAUCACUAUCAGGCGAGGAAUUCUUGCAGCAGCAGGUCCAUUGCCUGUGACAUCACACUUGGAGCCUGCAUCGAGCCUGGAGUUGCUUUCAUUAGCCGGUCUGUGGGUCUGUCUGCGUUCUCUCUAUCCUUUGUACUGGAACAUCCUGCCUUGAGGAAGGGCUUUCUAUACUGGAGACCAAGACACGGUGGGAGGAAAGGAUUCCAAGCACAGACCAGGGGAUCUGCAGCAUGACAUCUAUCCCUGCUUGUUACUUACUGUCUGUUCUAUUGCCUGCUAUGGUUUUCAGCACCAGACAGGGCUAUGAGGACUUGGAAAAACAACUAAAGGAAGUUUUUAGAGAAAGAAGCAAUAUCCUCCAGCAGCUUUCAAAAACAUCCCAGGAGAUUGAAGGCAUCAAAGGAAAUUUACAGUCUUUGAAAAGCUACAAAGUGUCUUCUAAGAAUGAUGUCCAAGAACUUUUGGAGUUGGAACAAAAACAAAGGGAAGAGAUGAAAUCCCUGCAGGAAACGUUCACAAAGCAACUUAAUGAGGCAUCUGAAAAGGCUGAGAAGCAGCAGGCCACUAUAAAUUUCCUAAAAACCGAAAUGGAGCGUAAAAGUAAAAUGAUCAGAGAUCUCCAGAAUGAGGAAUUGCUCUCCCAGGAUGGACACCAGGCAGCAGCUCCACUGCAGCUAUACACUGCUCAUUGCACAACACACCAGAACAAAAGUUUGAAAAACAAACUCAUGUCAGGAAACAAGUUUUGUGGUCUUCGUGCUGAGGAGUCUAAACGUAUACAGGCCCAACUGAAGGAGCUGCGGUAUGGAAAAAAAGAUUUAGUUUCCAAGGCACAACAACUAACAGAUCUGGAGCAGAAGUUAACAGUGGCGAAAAGAGAAAUGGAAGCAGCAUCACUGGAUAACGAAUCUCAAUUAAAAGCCUUGAAAGAAACCGUCCAGCUCUGCCUAUCUUCAGUGUUACACAAUCAACCCCCCAUUGUAAGCAUCAUCUCAUCAAAGCCAAGAGAGCAGCCAACGUCUGCGAGAGGGACUAAAGAGACACCCAUCACAGAGGGCCGGAUAGUAGAAAUAUCAAACACAAGUUCAGAUUCCAGAAAAGAAGGCAAUAAAGAAUUCCAACAUGCCAAGAUCUGCGAUUCCUCUCUCAAUGAUGGAAAAAUCUGCAGAUCACAUCACAUUAAUGCAACAUUGGCAAACAAAACCAUUGAAUUAGAGCCAAGUUUUCAGAGACAGUGUGAAUCCUCAAGGAAAGGCUCACAGAUUACAGCAGUUGCAUGGACCUCCUUGGCCAAAACCAGAAGGGAAUAGGUCGACAGAAGAGCACAACAUACACAAUGAGACAAUGAAUGUAACAGAAGACAAACCACUGUAAAGAAAGAUGUCAGAAUUUCUAAUUUGCAGUCAUCUUCGGUUUCUUUAUGGACUUGGAAAGCAUGAAGAUGUGCUAUAUUUCUAAAGCAUGAAGUUUUAUUUUCACUAAAUUAUGGAUGUUUGUACUGUAUGAUAGUGUUAUAAAAAAGUUAUACAUAUAAUAAAUUUGUUAAUAGUUUUUAGCACUAAUUAAAUAGUUCUGGAUGUUUGAUGAAAUGCUUUGUAAAACAGUGGAUACUUGAAUACAGGUUGAAUAUGAAUGUUUCCUUUUUAGCUUAUUGCAAAUACAAAUACAUCUUUUUCUUA